AGACAAUUCCUUCGUUGGGUCAAGCAUUCGGAAAGAAGUUGCCGGACAUGGCAUUCCCUCGAAUUCUUAAUUGGCAUUUUCCACAAGUGCCAAGAUUUGAGAAGGCUAUUGAACUCUUCGAUCAUCGUGAUUAUCCCGUUCAUGGCUUAAUGAAUGUGACUGAAGUUGAGCAUGCAUAUAUCGGCAACUUGGCAUUGGAUGUACAUCAUGACAGUACUCCAUACAAUGUUGCACCUGCUGUUCGAGACAAGCCACCACAGGCAAGUCAUGAUGAAAAAGAUGAAGGUAUUCCACUUACAAGAAGUGGAAUAAGUAAGAAACGGAAAGAGGCGUCUGUGGAAAUUAUGGGAAAAGGAGGGAGGCGUCGAAAGGGACAUAAGCCGACAGACCAGCCUUCUUCAUCAACUGCAGGAGUUGCUGCUCAUUACCCACGCGACUUGUAA